GAUGAGUUGCAGAACUUGAAACAGAGAUGGGUUCCACAGCUCCUGCUAAAACAGUUUCCAAUUCUCUCUCAUUCACAUGUUUCUUUCUUGGUUUCUUAAUUCCUUCCAUUAAUGCAUUAGGACCGUACCUGACAGCUCAGGAAUCUGAUAGAGUAAUCAAUCUACCAGACCAGCCGCCGAGCCCAUCUAUUUCACACUUUUCAGGGUAUAUCACUGUAAAUCAAGAGCAUGGUAGGGCCCUUUUCUACUGGUUCUUUGAAGCUUUGUCUCAACCAUCCAAGAAACCUCUCCUGCUCUGGCUUAAUGGAGGACCUGGUUGUUCCUCAAUAGCCUAUGGUGCAGCUUCGGAGUUGGGUCCACUAAGAGUUGGUAAAAAUGGUGAUGGACUUCAUUUCAACACAUAUGCUUGGAAUAAAGUGGCCAAUUUGCUGUUUGUGGAAUCUCCGGUUGGAGUUGGCUUCUCUUACACCAAUACAUCUUCCGAUCUCACAAAUUUGGAUGAUGCCUUUGUUGCUGAGGAUGCCUACACUUUCUUGGUGAACUGGUUUCAAAGAUUUCCUCAGUUCAAAACUCAUGAUUUCUUCAUCUCAGGAGAGAGUUAUGCAGGCCAUUACGUGCCUCAGUUAGCAGAGCUUGUGUAUGAUAGAAACAAGGAUAGCAAAUACCCAUUCAUGAAUCUCAAAGGCUUUAUGGUAGGAAACCCAAUAACCAAUGAUUACUAUGACUACACUGGCAUAGUGGACUAUGCCUGGAGCCACUCUGUAAUAUCAGAUGAGCUCUACCAUAAAAUCAAACAAGUAUGUGAUUUCAAGGUCGUUGACUGGUCCAUUGAAUGCAAUGAUCUUGUUAACCAAGUCUUUGACAAAUACUCAGAAAUUGAUAUUUACAAUAUCUAUGCCCCCAAAUGUCCUAUUAACAGCACAAUUUCAUUAACUGCUAGUAAGGUAAAAGACUAUGGCUUAAGGAGAAAGAGGAUCCCUGCUGGAGAUCCAUGUUAUUCUGUCUAUGCAGAAGAUUAUUUCAAUAGGGCGGAUGUUCAAAAAUCCCUUCAUGCAAACACCAGGGGAGGAAAAUGGGAGAGCUGCAGUAAUUCUAUCUUGAUUGCAUAUAAUUUUUCUGUUUUUUCCGUACUACCUAUCUACAAGAAGCUCAUCAAAGGAAACCUGAAGAUUUGGAUGUAUAGUGGGGACAUGGAUGGAAGAGUACCUGUCAUUAGUUCUCGAUCCUGUGUUGAGUCUCUUGGACUUCAUCUCAAAUCACCCUGGCAUUCUUGGUUCCACAACCAUCAGGUUGGAGGGAGGAUACUGGAAUACCAAGGGCUGACAUUUGUGACAGUGAGAGGGGCUGGUCACUUGGUGCCACUCGACAAACCCAGUGAAGCUCUCACCAUCAUCCAUUCUUUCUUGUCCGGUGAACCGCUGCCCAUCCAUAGAUAUUAAAGUUUUGUUUGAUAAGAAGAUUAAAAUGAAUAAAGUUGAAAAACUUGUUAAUUUAAUAAUUAACAUUUAUAAUCAUUUUUUACUGUAAAACUUAACCAUUAUUAACAACUAUUCCAGUCUUUUUUU